CCUUUAAUUUUCCUGAUCAAACAAACUCUAUUUUUCCGCAAAGUAAUAAUAAAGUAAGUGGCUUAUUGUUCGAUUAGCUUCUUGAAACGUGGCAUCACGAUAUUAAGCGAUUUUUUCCCUAUCUAAAGAUGUUUGAAGCGGACUCAUUACCUUUCUUGUUAUAUAUCAGCACUUUGAUCUUCGCCGAGAAAAUCAUGAUCGCCAGCACGUGUCUAAUCAGCGCAGUAAAAUUGUGGCUUAUCUUAAUACUCGUCACAUGUCUUAAAUCAAACUUCCGGCGCAGUAAAACGAAUAAUUUUUCCGGCAAUCGGAAUAUAAGCAAUUUCCUUCUGCAUAUCAUACUUUCGAUACAAAAAUCAUUAAGCAUCAAUUUUUUCAAAUAUAACGGUAAGGGUUGGUCCCAAAGGGUCCGUGAAAUGAUUUGGAUUAGUAUUUAUCAAAAAUUAUACUUACCUCUAUUUACCGCCUUAGAUUCGAAAUUAAUUAAUAACGGAAGUUUUCUCUUGUGGAACUAUAACUUUCAUAUUGUCUAUGUGGGUGGGAGAGAAAUUUGUGAUAAAAAUAAGCGAAAAUAUUAUAUAUGUUAUUAGUGAUAGGAAUAAAUUAGUUACAGAUAUUUUUUGUAAAUGUGAGAGAGCAAAGAAAUAACUUGA